AAUGCAAAGUAAAUUCCAACUACCAAAAACUCCUAUCUUUGUCAUCUCCCCCAACCCAACCCAACCCAACAAACCCUAAAUUAAACCCUUUCCCAAACCAUGAACUCCUCCACUCUCCCCACCUCCUUUCUCCAUCUCAAAGCUCCUUCCUUUCACACUUCUUUCAAGUCCCAUCCACAUUUCCCAAUCAGGGCAUCCUCCACUCACACCCACAACCCUCCCAUUCUCCAAACACUCAAAACCGUCACUAAAGCCGCCAUCUUAAUCGGCCUCUCCGCUUCAUUCGCCGCCAGAUUCUCCUUCCUGCCCGCCAAGGCCGAGACCUCCGCCGCUGUCACCGAACAAACACCGCUAAUAGAAGAAGAAGAGAAUCAAAAUGACCAAACCACCACACCCAUUUCUCAGUUUCUUCAAUCCGAUACAGAAGCAAUUGAAUCCCUCAAAUCACUCCUGCAGCAAAAGCUCGACAAUGGGGAAGACGAGGAAGCUUUAAAGAUACUAACCCGCUUAAACGAGGCGCAACCAUUGGUAACAGAAUGGAAAUUCUUGACGGCGAGAUUGUUAAAUGAGAUGGGUCGAACACAGGAUGCACGCAAUGUGUUUGAAGAAAUUCUCCAGUUAAACCCGCUGUCUUUCGAGGCAUUGUUCGAAAACGCCCUCCUCAUGGACCGCAGUGGAGAAGGGGAUGCGGUUAUUAGGAGGCUACAGGAGGCUUUAGAGAUUGCAGAAGAGGGGAAUAAGGUGAAGGAAGCUAGAGAUGUGAGGUUCAUUAUGGCACAGAUACAGUUUCUGCAGAAGAAUGUUGAGGAAGCUUUGAGGAGCUAUCAAGAGUUGUCUAAGGAGGACCCCAGUGAUUUUAGGCCGUAUUUUUGUAGAGGAAUGAUAUACAGUUUGCUCGAUAGGAACGAGGAGGCGAGAGAGCAGUUCGGUGAGUAUCGCAAGCUUUCUCCGAAGAAGUUUGAGGUAGAAGGGUAUCUGCAGACUCCAUUGUCAAGAAUGAAACUUUUUGGGUCUAAUGAAGACAAGUGAGAUGCUUUUGCCUGAAAUAAGUAUUGGAGAAUUCUGUUGUUCUCCUUAUAGAUAAAAGGGGAUAUUCAUGUAAUAUGGAAUUGAUGUUGGAACUUGAAACAUAGCAAUUUUUAAAAUGAAUAAGUGAUAGAGAAGUGAGAUCUAUAGUGUUAAACGGCAUUUCAUGUUAUUAAUAAAGCAUUUUUUUUCAACUA